GAAAUCAAAACUUUGAGGGACAAUUGCAUAUACUUCAUAGUGCAAGUUGCAGACUCGAAGAAUUGAAUGAAGAAUUGAAUGAGCUGGAGUAAGAGUAGGUGGUGAAUGGAGGGAAACCAAUAAAGAAAACAAAAAGGUCUAUUAAGUUGUUUUAAAUGGUAUUUUCCAUUUUUCCAUACAAAAAUUAUAUAAGUGACAUAUCAAAAUCAAAAUCUCUCCAACUACUUAAAUUUACUACUCACCUUCUCUAAUCACUUGCCACACCUCAUAAAAAAUCACCAUCUCAAAUUCGUUUAUCUUCUUUUCUAACUACAUUUCACCAUUGUUGUUGUUCUUCAUCACUCUAUUUCUACUACUUAGAGAUAAGAAAAAUGGCCAUAGGAGGAAUAGCCAGCACCGGAGGAGUGAAUAAGAAGUACCCAGGAAAGCUCACUCAUUUUGUUUUACGAUCAUGCUUGGUAGCUGCAAUGGGGGGUUUAAUAUUUGGUUACGACAUUGGAAUUUCAGGGGGUGUAACAUCCAUGGGUCCGUUCCUAGACAAGUUUUUCCGGAGUGUAGCCAAGAAGAAAAACCAUAGCGGAACGACGAACAAAUAUUGUCAAUACAACAGUCAGAUGCUGACAUUGUUCACGUCGUCUCUGUACCUUGCUGCACUGUUGUCGUCGUUGGCGGCAUCCACCGUCAGCCGUAAGUUUGGACGACAACGUUCCAUGCUAUUCGGAGGUCUUCUGUUCUUUGCCGGUGGCCUCUUUAAUUUCAUCGCUCAACAUGUUUGGAUGUUGAUAGUUGGUCGGGUCUUGCUUGGAUUUGGAGUCGGCUUUGCGAAUCAGGCUGUGCCACUCUAUCUCUCUGAGAUGGCCCCUUCCAAAUACAGAGGAUGUCUCAACAUUGGUUUUCAACUGCUCAUUACAUUUGGUAUAGUCUUUGCCAAUGUAUUGAACUUCUUCUUUGGGAAAAUCACAAGUGAUUGGGGAUGGAGGUCCAGUUUAGGUGGGGCUAUGAUCCCUGCCCUUGUAAUAAUCAUUGGAUCACUAUGGCUCCCUGACACACCCCAUUCCAUGAUCGACCGCGGCAACCACCAUGAAGCAAAGGAACAGCUUCAAAAAAUCCGUGGCGUUGACAAUGUCGAUGAAGAGUUCAACGAUCUUGUGGCAGCGAGUAUAGCUUCAACGAGAGUUGAACAGCCUCUCAGAAAAUUGCGGGAAAGGAAGUAUAGACCGCAAGUUUCUUUGGCUUUUCUAAUUCCGAUGUUCCAACAACUUACCGGCAUAAACGUAAUUAUGUUUUAUGCGCCGGUUCUAUUUAACUCCAUCGGUUUUAAGGAUAAAGCUUCUCUUAUGUCAGCUAUCAUCACUG